AUGGCGUCGUGGGAGCCGCUCUCUCUCUCUCUCUCUCUCUCUCUCUCUCUCUCUCUGCUUAGAGGGAAGAAGCUGUCCCGGAAGGUCGUCUUGCCUUCGCGAGCGUCCCCUCUCUCUGCGGGUUACGAUCUUCCGAGAACGGCUGAGACGUAAAUACCGGCGAGGGGAAAAGCCCUCGUCCCUACCGAUCUGAGCAUCGCAAUACCCGAAGGUACAUUUGUUGCUUCAGCGCCGGGAUCAGGUUUGGCAUGGAAGCAUUCGAUCGACAUCGGUGCGGGCGUGAUCAGUGCGGACUACAGAGGACCGGUUGGGGUAAUCCUGUUCAACCUCUUGGACGUCGACUUUGAAGUGAAGGUGGGUGACAGGGUUGCGCAGCAGAUCAUUGAGAAGAUCGUGACUCCCGAUGUUGCGGAGGUGGAGGACGUGGACUCGACUCUGAGGGGCGAGGGCGGGUUUGGGUUGAUGGUGGUGUGA